AUGCGGGGAUCUGUUUAUGGCCAACCAUAUGUACUUAAGUGCCUAAGUGGCCUCUUGAUUCUCAAUUAUAUUUGUUACUCUAAGAUAUACACCAUGUUAGACCAAGUUAAUCAACAUAAUCCUACUCCAUUGUGGUUGGAUUGCGAUCCUGGCCACGAUGAUGCCUUUGCAAUUCUGAUCGCCGCUCAUCAUCCAUCUUUGAACCUUCUUGGAAUCAGUACUAUCCAUGGAAAUGCAUCGUUAGAGAAGACAACUGCCAAUACCGGCAGCGUUCUUGAGGCGAUCGGCAAGCCCGAUAUUCCUGUCUAUCCCGGCAGCCAUAAGCCAUUUUCACGGCCUGCUCUUCAUGCGCCCGAUAUUCAUGGAGAAUCUGGUCUUGAUGGGACCGACCUUCUUCCAAAGGCUACUAGAGCACCCGUCACCGAUAAGAACGCCAUUUUGGCCAUGAGAGAUGCACUUCUUGCACAGCCCAAGGGCACUCCCUGGGUAGUUGCGACGGGCACAUUGACCAAUAUCGCACUGUUGUUUGCAACAUUCCCCGAGGUGGUUGAACACAUCCAAGGGCUGAGCAUUAUGGGUGGUGCCAUCGGUGAAGGAUUCACCGAUGCUCCCAUGAGCAGACUUCCAGGUGAGAAGUCUAGGAUCGGAAAUGUGACCCCAUGGGCUGAGUUCAACUUCUAUUGUGACCCCGAGUCUGCCGAGUCAAUCUUUAGCAACCCAGUUCUUGCAUCCAAGACAGCCAUUAUGGCUUUGGAUCUCACACAUCAGGUUUUGGCCUCACAGGCCAUUCAAACGCGCAUCUUGCAUGGCUCGAUCCACUCGGCCGAGGAACCCACUAUCCUUCGGCAAAUAUUGCACGCGCUACUCACUUUCUUCGCUGCCACAUAUGAGAAAGCUUUUGGUUUGACCACCGGGCCUCCGCUGCAUGAUCCCCUUGCUGUGGCUGCGAUCUUGUCGACAUUGAAUCCAGCCUUUGCCAGCAAGCACCCUAAUCAAGCUCUUGUGUUUGAUGACAAAGGCGGCGAGCGUUUUGCUCUGAGUAUUGUCACCGAUGGACAGCAUGGGAAAGAUGUAUCCAUAACAGGUCAACUAGGGCGCUCGGUCGCUACUCCUGUAGAUGGUCCGGGCGUUGCUAUCCCCAGGGGUGUUGAUCUAGAUGCUUUCUGGAACAUGGUCCUACAAUGUGUCCAGCUGGCCGAUGAUUGCAAUGCUGCACGCAAAGUUUGA